GUGUGAGUGGGGGUUGCAGGUGUGAGCUGCAGGCAGGGUUGGGGUGUUUAGCGCUGGGCGGGCAGGCCCCGACCCUGCUGGGGGCCUCCUGUGAGCUGAGAGCUGCUGAAGAACAUGGCCUUCACCCUGAAGGCAACAGCGUCAGGGCUGGGGUCUAGGGGCAGACUUGGUUCAGAAGCUGGGUAAGAGCCUGCCUUCUGUUUCCCAUCAAAGGGCCAACCUGGCAGCAGCCUGGCGGCCCCAGGCACUACCUCGCUGGCUCAGGGACCUUGUCGGGACCGGACGGGCCGGGCCGCGCGUGAAGCACGCGUCCAUUCUGAGCUGUGUGCUCGGCGGUCCCGGAGCCCCGCGCGAGCCCCGCCUUGCGCCGCGGGUCGGUGUCCAUGCUGCGCGGCCGGAGACCAGGGAGGGCGCCCAAGCGCAGAGGGCCCCACAGAUGCCUUCUGUCCCCGUAGGGACCAGCGCUGGCCCUAAGGGUACCUCCCGGGACCCGGGCUCGGCAGCCCGACUCCAGCUGCGAGUCAGCCCGCCGCCCAGCGAACACGGCCCCAGCCCCCGCGCCCCCACCUCCGCGGGCCCCGCGGCUCCGCAGCCCCAAGGGACGGCGACACCAAGCCCUGUGGCCCACCGCGCGCCCCCGGGGGACGACUCGGCCCCCGAGGAAGGGGCCUUGAUUGCGCUGGUAACUACUCAGCGCGCGUCCUUCGGCCCGACGACCUGGCCCUCCCCGCCGUCCCUGGCACCGAGCCCCGCUGGGCCAACGCUCGCCGGGGAGCCCCGGGAAGCGGUCGGGACCCCUCUGACCUCUGCUCGGAGCCCUGCUCCAGUCCACGCAUCCCCGGACCCCGUCACCGAGCAGCGCAGGCCCGGGACUCCGCAGGGGGCAGCGGCGGACCCCUCAGCUACACCCAGGAUGGCAGCGCCCCUGGAGUCCGCCCCACCCAGCCCGUCCUGUGACUCGGAGCCUCCGGGGAACUUUGCGGGGACGGAAGAAAGCGCCUCAGAGCCUUCCAGCUCAGGGAGCCCGGCUGCGCCCCAAAGGACAAUCGCAUGCCCUAGGUGGGGAGCCCGGGGCCAGGCUGCAGGCGCGGAGACAGCUGGGAGCUGGCCGGCGCCUGAAACAGCUGUGGCCAGUGAAAGAAGUGGCACUGAUAUGAGAUACACAGCCAUUGCCACUCAGGUCCAACAUCUGAGCUCCUCUAGCCACCCAGGGUCUAAAGAAGAAACUCCAGCGCCAGAUUCAGGGAAACUAUUUGGAAUCCUGAAAGCAGAUUUUACCAUCCCAGCUCUGAUGGACCCAGAAGAUAUGAAAGACCAGUUUUUGAAUGAGAUCCAAGAAGUCUUAAAGCUUACAUUAGGUCAUGAGCAAUUCAGACUGAAAUUGGUCAGCUUGGAAGUUAACAAAAAGUAGCACACAUCUACUGAUCUGGGGCCUCCUCCUCUCAGUCACCUUUGGAUUCUGAGUGAAUUUUACUUUUUAAACUCCUAGUGGAUCAGAACUAGAAAUAACUCCAGAUAAUGUGCAGAGACUAACUGGAGGAAUUUCAGACCCACACCCAGCACAAAAGAAAACUGUGUACAAAACCUCAUCCCUGCAUUUUAUAUAAUGAAACAGGUGAGCAGGAAAAGAUGGAGGUAUUUGGGAACAGUGACCAUGAGAGUGACAAGCAAACAAGGACAGAACACCCAAUGAAACCACAAACAUCCUCAAACAAACCCCAUUAAUCUACCUGGGGAAGUAAGGGAAGACAGCGUGGGCUGCAAGCUGAGUGGGGCACACUUCUCAAUAAUACCAGCCACAAGCUUUAAAGAGGUUUCAAAUUCUUCAGAAUGAGGAGCUAAGGGUAUUAUCACAAUACAAUCUAUGUCAAUGCCAGCUAUUUGUUCUACAUCUAGAUUUUCUUUACCCGGAAGUUAUGAAGUU